AUGUUGUUUUAUGGGGAUGAUAAAGACAAAAAAGAUUGUGAUCAUUGUGGAAAGAGUCGUUACAAAGAAGCAUGUGGAAAAAAGAGUACCACAAUUCCUCGUAAGAUUUUUAGACAUUUUCCUCUUAUAGAUCGUCUCAAAAGAUUAUUUAUGUCGGAGCAUACGGCUAAACAAAUGACAUGGUACAAGAAUAGAGAGGUAAAAGAGGGAGAAAUUAGUCUCCCCACGGACGGAGAUGAUUGGAAAAAUUUUGACUUGCAACACCCUUCGUUUGCUAAGGAAUUUCGUAAUGUACGACUUGGUCUUUCAACCGAUGGUUUUAAUCCUUUUGAUAAUUCCGGUAAUAAAGUAUAUAGUCUUUGGCCGGUAGUAGUUGUUGUGUAUAAUCUUCCUCCAUCGAUGUCAAUGAAAAAACCCUACAUGUUUUUUACUCUCAUUAUUCCGGGUCCGGAUAAUACAAAGAAGGAUCUUCAUGUAUUUCUUCGUCCGCUUAUUGACGAGUUAAAGAUUUUGUGGCAUAGUGGAGUUGAGACAUUUGAUCAAUCACAAAAAAAUAAUUUCCACAUGAGGGCGGCAUUGAUGUGGACUAUAAGUGACUUUCCGUCUUUAGCACAACUCAAAGGAUGGUCAACAAAAGGCAAAUGUGGAUGCCCGGUUUGUCUUGGAAGUGUAAAAGGCUUCCAACUUAAAAAUUGUGGAAAGCCAUGUUGGUUACGUCAUUGUAUUGAUGUUAUGCAUACCGAAAAGAAUGUUUUCGAAAAUGUAUUUUACACAAUUGUGGAUGACCGUUUCAAGUCAAAGGAUCACAACAAGUCUAGGAUGGAUUGUAAGGAACUUGGUGUGAUGUCCGGGUUAUGGUUAAAUAAUGGGGUGAAGCCAAAGGCACGUUUUACGCUUACAAGACCCCAACUUCGCCAAUUAUGUGAAUGGGUAUCAUCAUUAGAUCUUCCCGACGGGUGUUGCUCAAAUCUAGCUCGAUGUGUCAAAAUGGAUGUUCUCAAGUUUCACGGGUUAAAAUCGCAUGAUUGUCAUAUUUUUAUGCAAAAAUUGAUGAGUAUUGCUUUUCGUGAGUUUUUACCUCGUGAUAUUUUGGAUGCCCUUGCGGCACUAUCAAAUUACUUUGUCGAUAUUUGUUCGACAAUUCUAUUUAUGAAAGAUAAGAUCAAGAAUAAGGCACGAGUGGAAGGUUCGAUUGCGGAAAAAUAUGUCGAAGAAGAAACCGUCAACUUUUGUUCAUAUUACUUUAAGUCCAAUGUUGGCACGAUUCAUAACACCGUGGGAAGGAACGAAGUUGCGGUUGAGAAACAAGAUGAUAGUAUUUUGGAGGUUUUUAGAUAUCCAAUUGAGUGUUUGGGAAAACAUGUUGUUCGAUACUUGGAUGAUGAUGAAUACUUCAUUGCGGAAUAUUAUGUUCUCUUGAACAUGCCAGAGGUUCAACCAUAUAUUCGAGAAUACGCAUCUUAUACGGGUGCAACGCCCGAAGAAUUGGAAUCACUUCUCAAGACUAACUUCAAAAUUUGGUUCAAGAAAAAGAUUGAGAAUGAUGUUGCAAUAUAUCCACGGUUCAAAGAUCUACUUAAUGGACCAUCUCGCAUGAUUAUGACAUUUCAAUCUUGCAAGGUUAAUGGAUAUAAAUUUCGUUGUAAGGAUAAAUCCGGUGUCCUUGUCAAAGCAAGUCAAGCGACUCAAGUGUAUUAUGCACCAAGUGUAUUAAAUCCUCGUAGUAACUUCUAUACGGUUAUUUCAAUUAAAAAUAGUCCUCUUGAUGAAUCAACUACCCCUUCUACCGAAAAUCCCUACCAAGAAAAUAUAUCUAAUGCAUCCACUUCAAUAUUUUCAUUGUUCGUUGACUUUGCACAAUAUGAGCCAAUUCCAAGAAUUCGAUUCGAAGAUCAUGAUAAUGAUGAAGUUGAUGACGAUGAUGAAGAUGAAAACAAUGAAGAGUUUGAUGAGGAAGAUCAAGAAAAUGAAGAAGAAAUAGGAGGAGGAGGAGGAGGAGAAGAAGAAGAGGAAGAAGAAGAAGGUUAUGAAGAUAUUGAUUAG